UCAAACCCCAGUCAGACGACAAUUCAACAAUGCAGUCUCCGACGCCGGCAACCACCGCCACCACCUACACCACCAUUCCGAUCUCAGGAACUGACGUCAUUUUCCGAUCCUUUCAGAACCUAUCCUCCUUCCUCUCCCUCCGACGACCAUGGCCAGAAUUCAUCUCUACCACCGGCUCAUUCGACCGCCCCGACUCACUCAACCACGCCGGCACCCGACUUCGCGUCAACUCAAAGUACUUCGGCGUAAAUUACGGCAUUAUCAUCACCGCCUGCGCCGCCGUGUCCUUGAUCGGAGAUCCAACGACGCUACUAGUCUUCGCUUCGGUAUUCACCUUAUGGCUCGUUCUCUACUUUUUCCGUGAAGAUCCGAUGGUUGUGUGGGGACACCAUGUUCAUGAUCACCUCGUGACCGCCGGUCUGGUUUUUAUUACCGGAAUUUCUAUUUGGAUUAUAGGUUUUGUUAGCAAUCUUCUGAUUGGAAUUGGUCUAGGCGUUCUAAUCUCUGUCGUUCAUGGAGUUUUAAGAAACCCUCAGGGAAUUUACCUCGAUGAAAAUGAUGCUGAAUUUGAAGGAUUGAUCUCACCUCCAUCUGGUUCUUCUAGGGAUUACAGAGGGAAUUUCUCCAAUUAGUAUAUUACUUCACAUUUCUACUGACUUCUUCCAUUAUUUUUUAUUAUUAUCGAAAACAGUGAUUCUGUGUGAUAGUGUUUAAUUGAUUUGAUCUCGUCUUUAGGGUUUAGGGUUGUUGUAUUUGAAUUUGGGGUUUUAGGGUUUUGUUUUUGCUUUGAUUUGUAAAAUGUGAACUGAGAUUUGAUUUACUUGUGUUGUUAUAAUAUACUAUCAAAUUUUCAACU